AUGCUGUCCAAAACGACGAUUCCGAAUGCGACCGACAAACUGGAGGAAAUUGAAGUGGAAGGGACAGAAGUGUACUGCCUUCGAGUUCCCCGCGGAUAUGACAUAAAUUCACUAAAGGGAACAACGAUAUUUAAAACCGAUGACUCUGUCCAGUACCAGAUCGAAGGAACGACCACUGAGCUCUCCAUGAAAAACGACCCGAAUAGAAAUGCGACUCUGAUUAGCGGCCUCGGAGAUGGAGAGAACUGCGUCUGUGUCCCAAUCGCUGGCGAAAUUGAGCUCUCUGCUUUUCCAACACUCCAUGAGCCGAAAGACUUUGAUUACAAGCCGAUGACUGCAAGGCCCGACGUCGAGGAAACCAAAGAUCGAAGCCAACUUGCACUGACGGGAAUGCUUCCUACUCCGAAAAGUGAAUCAAGCAGUAAAGCGAAGAAAAGAAAAUCGAAAAAGUCAGAAGCUCAUGAAGCAGAAACGCCACGCAAGAAGAAGAAAAAAAGUAAAAGCUCAGCGUAA